ACAAAACCUAAAACCGUUCACAACGUUUAUUAGCAAUUGCUCGCAAAAGUUAUUAUAGAUUUUAGUUAGCAGGUGUUUCAGUGAGAUUUCCCAUACCAAGUUGAUUAGUUUUUCUUAAAAGUGUCUGUACAAACCUGAAAAAAGAUACUGUGAAAAUAAAGUUUAGGGAGAUUUGGUUGCUGGUCUGCAUCUGGAAUGGGUGGUUUGCAUUGAAAAUGGGUCCACAUUCGAAGUACAUUAUUUGGAUGACCAAUGGCAAUAUUUGAGAGACCUUUCGGUUAUAGACACAAACUUGAUGACACACAGACGAUAAUUUGCGUAAUUGAAACAGCGCAGGAAAUAAACGGACACACGGCUAUAGAAAAAUCAAUAAUAUAUGACGCCGUACGACGAGAGGAGUAUUUACUACGGUUACAACGUGGCGCUAGUAAAGAAAAUUGUUGGAAAAUUUUGCGUCGCUACAAUGACUUCGCUGAGUUGCACAAAUGCCUCUGCAUUUCAGGUAUUGAUCUGCCCAUGCCAGGCAAAAGGCUUUUCGGUAAUAUGCGACCAGGCUUCAUAGCUGAAAGACGACAAGCACUACAGGUUUAUAUAAACGCAGUCCUAAUGAAUCCCAUUUUGGCAUCGUCAUUGCCGGCCAAACGAUUCGUCGAUCCGGACAGUUACUCGCAAUCCUUUCACGACCAAGCUGUUCAAAAUGCUAUGCUGUGCUUACGUAGCGAAGGAAUUUGGACAUUGGGUAGCACACUUGGUCCAAUAGGUUGGCGCUUACGGAAACACUACUUCAAAGUAUCACCGAAACCACCAGAAAAGACUGGAAAUAAAUUACUUGUGAAAAGUGGCUCCCAAUCACAUCAAGGUAAACACUUUGCGUCGUCGAGCAGUAAUGGUGGUGGUGGUAGUAGUAGCGGCUCUAUAGAUGGAGGCUGUUUGGAUCCAUCUGAGCUAGUUUUGGAAUGGAUCGAAUAUGGGCCGGAUAAAUAUAUAGACGAUAAGGAAAUGGGUGGAAUUUUAAAGAGCCUAAUGGGCUUACAGCAUCCACAUAUCGAGACUGUUGUGUAUGCGGCACACAAUGAGAACGGCUGCAUAGUUGUGCGGAGAUUUUACAAGCAAGGCACUUUGAAGGACAAACUUUGUAUGGCCACACCAAAAAAUCCAUUUCUUAGCAAAUACGGCAAUCCAAAGGGCAGAACAGCUCUCACAAUGAGGCAAGUUGCGAUCUAUGGGCGUCAAAUACUGGAGGCUUUAAUAUUUAUUCAUUCUAAAGGAUAUUCAUACGGUCACUUACACGCUGGCAACAUUGUGAUUGUUGAUGAUUGUGUUAAAUUAUUGGAUAUCGAGAACAACAUUUUAGGUGUACCCGCUUUUUAUCGCCCAUUUUUUGUGCAGCAUAGUAAAAUUCAUUCAGUGGAAGCCAUAGAUGUGUACAGUUUUGGUCAUGUUCUUUUCGAAAUGGCGAUGGGCUAUCCAUUGCAAGAAUCUGUAGCACGCCAGAUUACUGAAUGUCCUGAAACGUUAAAGAACUUAUUGGAGAGCAUUUUAUCAAAAGAGGCGGUUAGGGCUGGUUUACCCACGCUCCAGGCACUCAUCAGCCAUCUGUUCUUUGCACAGCAUGCCAGUAGUGCUGCUGGUGGAUUUAGCUGUUGUAAUGAAGAUUCAAGAAGAACACAUUUUAAAUUGUCACUAAAUGCCAAGGAGUUUUUAAAACAAGCUGCACAAAAAACCGAGUUAAGGUUACGGGACGAACAAAAAUCUGUUAAAAAUCAAAAGCGUAUUGUACGAGUUCAAGAAAUGAUGAGUUCAGAGGAAGAGAAACGAAAAUCAAAACAAAAAGCGAAACUCGAGCAUAAGCAGUCAAAACUGAAGCAACAGGGGUCACUGCAAGCGGGAAAUGGACGACUAUCCCUUUCUGCGGCCAGCGGUUCUGUUGCGCUCGCCCCGUCUAGUAGCACAGGCGGCGACACCGCACCCUUCGAGCGUACUGAUAGCGUGUUAAGUAUGCAUAUUCCAAGAGAUUUAAGUACAGCACCUUCCUUGCCGAGUACUGAUGUAAAAUCGCCACCACCUACACCCUUUGAGCGACAACAUGCACAGGAACUACAAAAACAUUCUGCGUCAAAGCAAAUAAUAUCUUUGGCGAAUGUAGAACGGCAGGCAUCAUCACCAAAUAUUUCAACAGACACCGAACAAGGCGGUGAGCCCACCCGCUCGGCGCUCUUAGAGUCGAUAUGUAAAUUUAACCGCGGCUCAUUACGUAAAGUGCGCUCUAAUGAUUAGUAAAUAAUAACUAGCUAAUAUAACUACAAACUAAAAACUAAAACCAUUCGUAAGAGUGCUGAAAGGGAGUGCACUGAUCCUUUUUAUAUUAUUUAAUGCACAAUACAUCCAGCCAAGUUUAAUCACCACCUCCAGAAAAAGCUUUUAUAAUAAAAAAACAUACUUUCUAAAAUGCAGCAUCUAAAUUUUAAAAAAUAAUUAUGAAAAUUAAAAAAGAUAAUCUGAUAAUAUAAAUUUUACACUUGCAAGUAUUGAUAUCAACGUACAUACACUAAAUAAGAGAAAUGAUAUUUAACGUUAAUCACGUGCGUAAUUUCAUAACUGUUCAUUUAAUAUGUAAUAGAGAAAAAGCACAAAUGUGUUGUGUCGUAAAGCACCUGUCUACCCUGACUACAUACAUAUUUGUCUCAAAUAAGGAAGAGCCAUAAAAACAUGUCUAGUGAUUUCUUUUAAUGGAAUAAACAUGCCCAUAUACAUAUUUUAUACUGUCACACACAGCGUAAAGUAAAUGAAAACACAGUUUUUUUUUUUUAAUAUAUAUUUUUUUAAUUAUCGUGAUAUAAAAGGAAUCUUUUACCAUUGUAUAGCUUUGCACAAAGUUGACGUGUUGAAUCUCGAAAAUACAUAAUGUAUUUUUUCAACCCUAGAUCACUAAACUUAAAUCAGCGUUACUCUGUCUCUAAUCAUUCACAAAUUAAAAACAAGUAUAUUUUUAUAUUUCAAACAAAUGAGUGUAAAUUAAAAGGAGUAAAAUUUUAUUUCUAUUUAACAAUUUAUGAAAGUUCUGUUAGUGAGGUGGUGCGACGGGAAUAUGUCAAAUUGGCAACCCGCAGGCGUGCGUAGUCUAUUAGACGAAUGUUUAGUGACCCAGGGUUAAUAGAAUUCUAAAACAGCCGAAAGCUACGUCUUCAAGUAAAAUUAUAAUAUCAUACUUUUUUCCAGUACAUACGUGUAUGUUCCUCGAAAUGGUAUUUUAAUUUAUGGAAUUGCAUAAUAUCUAUGUAUGUAUAUAGAAUCAAGCUUAAAAGUCAGAUAUUCCAUCUCAUGCUGUAUAUAUAAAAAUGUUUAAUAUAGAAAAAUGUUACCUUGCUAACUAAUAUGAAAGGAAUGGAGCUUUACUAGUUAUAAUUUGUUUAGUUUAUUUUUGUUCAAUGUGAAUUUUGAAAAUCUUCAAAUUCGAUAAUGCAAGUUAUUUUUCUAAAUAAACUCGAACUAGGACCAACCCAGCAA